AUGUUCAGUCGCAAGCUGGAGCGGAUGCAUCGUCCGCCCGCAGACAUAUCAAAAUAUGAUAAUGAGCCGUACAUGCAAAAUCCUUUGCUCAAGUUUCGUAUUUCUGAUGUACACGAAAGACGCCAUUACACCUUUCUCAAGCAAAAGGCGGCCGAUAUCAAAGUUAAGAUAGCCAGAAAUCAUUGGCAACCGGAGCCGGACAUGCGUCUGCUGCCACAAUCGCAUUACGUCGAUAACUUGCGCCGUGAAGUACGUAAGAUUGUGGUGCCUCCCAUGCUGCGCAAGACCGAGGCCAAGAUCCUGAGUUUUGCUUCAGAACGCCUGAAACGAAAGUAUCCGGAGCUCGUAAGUGAAUAUAUGAAGGAAGUGCACAAUGAGUACGAUAGACUGAUGAAAAUCUAUAGCAUGAAGAACAUACUGCUGCAUCCAGAGUUCUCUGACGAAGAUCCCACAGCGUUUGAUUUGCCGCGUACCGACUAUCGCUUCAAGUUGCCUGGACGUACGGCCAAUUAUAAGACCUAUCUGGAGAAUCGACGAAAAAUCGCGCAAAAGCUGCUUAUACUUCAGAUGCCCAUGCGGGUUAUCUUGAGCAUAUCGGUAGCUGAAUUGCCGAAAUUCGCUUGCGAAUUCAAUUACACUAGCAGUAUGGGCGGUCAGCAACAGCAGCUUGGGUUGGGAGGGCGCGAGGUGCUCUCCUAUAAAUUUUAUCGCAAGUUUAUUCAAAACCAGCUGGAUAAAGUCAGCACUUUUCUUCGCUGGAAUUGGUAUACAAAGUUGGGUUUGGUGCUACGUAAAAUGAUGCGAAAGCGUGUGAUGCCCUCGUAUAUGUGGAAGCGCGCAUAUCCAGCACUGGAGGGUCUGAUGAAUCGCGAGUUGAACAAUUUGAAAAUACGGACAUUCGAGGAAAUGUUCCGUAUUUGCGGUAGCACACGUACAAUGCCAGUGUUUCGCAUGGCAUUGGAAUUUAGUGAAAUUACCGCUGACCUCGAUAUACGUCCGAAUAUUUAUAACAUAUUGCGAACUUUUGCUGAAAUCGCCACGGAAAUUUCUAUGCUUGGCUACCGCAUGGAGGCCCUGCAGUCACAAGUAGAUGCAUCGGCAUUAUACACACAAAGUAACGAUUAUCUAAAAAUCGAAAUGAAUGAAAACUACCUCAGGGAGGUUAUUAAUAAGGUUCAGAAUAUUAUAAUUAAAACAUACAGCCAGCUAACCGAAUACAUUGAGCAAUAUCGUACUAAAUAUUUCAAGCUAUACUCGUCGGAUGAACGGGAUGAGCUGACUCUCUUCUUGGAGGAACCGCACAAAUUUGAGGAGUAUUUUGAACGGAUCGAUGUUUAUUACGAGUUUAUCAAUAUGCUACGCAGCGAACCCCAAACAGACUACUUUGAGAUUGCUGUUAUAAGUAAUGAACCGGCCAUUGUUAGUUUACGUGGUCUGGCGGAAAGCCUGAUAGCCAUAAUAACGGAAGUCGUUGUGCGUGAGCACAUAAAGGCCGAGGAGGAGAUCUGCGAAGAGUUCGAGAAAAUUAAAUUUAGGGCUCUGGAAAUUCCCAAAUCAACGGAGGAGUUGCUUGAGAGUGCCGACUAUAUGAUCUAUGUUAAAAAGGAGAAGAUAUUUGAGCUGACAGAUCGUAUUCAGUACUGCCUACAAGUGGGCACCAAUAUCGUAGAGCUGACGGAGAUGUCUCAAUAUCACUUCGACUUAACCAUCAAAACCAUCAAUUGGAUAAAGGAUAUAAAUGAGAUAUGUGAUUAUAAUGCAUCACAGCAGGAACAUUACAAAUUCUUGUUCGAAGAGCACUUGCAAGAGGUGGUCAAGAAAUUGAACGAAGACAUUGAACAGAUUCUCCCGAAACUAGCCAUAAUUGAUGAUAUGAGUCGGCCUGAGAAGUUCCGUGAUUCCUACAUAAUAUUACAGAAUUUUAUCGAUCAGUUGAAAACUUUUGACGACUAUGUGGCCUGGAUAAACAAAGAAGAAAAAUUGUUUAAAAUAGCUCAGACCGAGUAUCCAACAUUGGAAGUAAUUAAAGGCUUCGUCUACCCAUUUGCAGAACUAAUGAAAUGCUGUAUCGAUUGGCAACGUUAUUUAAAUGUUUGGCAGGAUGGGCCAUUUGAGUAUCUAGAGCCAAAGUUUGUGGAAUCAACCACAGACAAUUAUCUGAAGGAAUUUCAAAAGAACCAGAAGUAUUAUCGCAUAAAAAUUAAACAGGAUCUUAUUGAGAAUCCUGUUUGCAAAUUUAAGGGGCAAACCGAAGAUCCUGACCCUGAAAAACACCCCGUACCACUGCGUUUAUGCACUUCGAUGAUUCAAUCAAUUAAAGAUUUUACCACGGGUGUUUUCAUUGUCAACACAAUGUGUAAUCCGGCUUUACGUAAGCGUCAUUGGAAAGAGAUGUCUGAAAUCGCCGGUUUUGAUAUAACUCCUGAUGCCGGUACUACGCUGCGUAAGAUUUUGAACGCAGGUCUUGACGAUAUAUUGGACCAGUUCGAAAUCAUUAGCAUAAGUGCAAAUAAGGAGCUUCAACUAUGGAAUAGCUUGCAGGCUAUGAUUAAGGAAUGGGAGAAUAAGGUGUUCCCAACGGGUCCUUAUAAGGAAACGGGAGUCACAAUACUUUCCAGUUUAGAUGAUAUACAGGCGCUACUUGACGAUCAUAUACUGAAGACACUUGCCAUGCGUGGAUCCGCUUUCAUGAAACCUUGUGAGGAGGAGGUGCGAGCGUGGUACGAGAAGAUCAUGAGAGUGAAUGAAACACUUGACCAAUGGGGCAAGGUACAAGCAAACUUUUUGUAUCUAUUGCCUAUAUUCUCGUCGAAAGACAUUGUAGCCCAGAUGCCGGAGGAGGGCCGGCUGUUUACUAUUGUAGAGCAGACAUAUAAUCGUAAUAUGGGCCUAGUAUUGCGUCAACCGCUGGUCAUGGAGACGGCACCUGCCGCUGGACUGCUUGAGUCUUUACAAAAAGCCAACGAAUUGUUAGAGGACAUUACAACAGGUGUAAGCAAUUAUUUGGAGAAGAAGCGACUGUUCUUUCCACGAUUUUUCUUCUUGGCCAACGACGAAAUGCUUGAAAUUUUGUCAGAAACUAAGGAUCCAUUGCGUGUGCUUCCCCAUCUGAGCAAAUGCUUCGAAGGCAUAAACAGCUUAGAGUUCGAUGAAGCGAAGAAUGUGCUGGCUAUGUACAGUAGUGACAAAGAGAAGAUCGAUUUCAUUGACGAGGUGUCGACUGCUGCGGCUGGUGGCAGUGUGGAAAAGUGGCUAAUUGGAGUGGAAGAUGAAAUGCUCAAGGCAGUGCGUAAUCAAAAUGAGCUCUCAUUCAAUCACUAUCCCAAGGUCAAGCGGCACGAGUGGGUGCUGCACUGGCCCCAGAUGGUUGUGUUGGCCAUUUCACAGGUAUUUUGGGCAUCGCGUGUUCACAGCUGCCUGCGUCGGACCUAUGGAGGCAACCAGACGGUGAUCACUAACUUCUUCCAAGACCUCACCAAGGAGCUUAACGACAUUGUAGCCCUGGUGCGAUCCACAAAAAUUAGCAAUUUAAAUCGCAUCACCAUUAAAUCGUUAAUUGUGAUCGAUGUGCAUGCAAAGGAUGUGACAGAGGAGCUGAUACGUCUGAAGAUCAACAGCGAAUACGAUUUCCAGUGGCUUGCACAAAUGCGCUACUACUGGGAGGAUUCGAAGACCCUGGUCCGUAUCAUCAAUGCUACUGUGCCAUUUGCCAACGAGUAUCUAGGCAAUUCGGAUCGUUUGGUGAUCACGCCUCUGACCGAUCGAUGCUAUCGUACACUAGUUGGCGCGUACCAGCUUCAUCUUAACGGAGCCCCAGAGGGCCCGGCGGGAACAGGCAAAACUGAGACGACAAAGGAUUUGGCGAAGGCGCUGGCCGUACAGUGUAAGGUGUUCAACUGCUCGGAUGGCUUGGAUUACAAGGCAAUGGGGAAGUUCUUCAAGGGACUUGCUUCUUGCGGUGCCUGGGCGUGUUUCGAUGAGUUCAACCGUAUUGAAUUGGAGGUGUUGUCGGUGGUAGCUCAGCAAAUCUUGCUUAUUAUACAGGCCGUGCGAGCCAACGUGACGAAGUUCAUGUUUGAGGGGACGGAACUGUUGCUCAAUCCGGCGGUAUACGUAUGUAUCACGAUGAAUCCCGGAUACGCAGGGCGCUCGGAAUUGCCGGAUAAUUUAAAGGUGCUAUUCCGUUCGGUAGCCAUGAUGGUGCCAGACUAUGCCAUGAUUGGUGAAAUAUCCCUGUAUUCGUACGGUUUUGUGGAUGCUCGCAAAUUAGCUGUGAAGAUUGUGACCACAUAUCGGCUAUGUUCAGAACAGUUGUCCAGCCAAAACCAUUAUGAUUACGGUAUGCGAGCGGUGAAAACUGUUCUCUCUGCGUGCGGCAAUAUUAAGAAACAAUUUCCUGAUGAGGUGGAAGAUAUUUUAUUGCUGCGAAGUCUAAUUGAUGUGAAUUUACCCAAAUUUCUUUCCUUCGAUGUACCACUCUUUGAGGGUAUUAUCUCGGAUAUCUUUCCCGGUAUUAAGCUGCCCUACAUUGAUUACACUCUAAUUGAAGCUGAGUUCUUACGCGUCUGCCAAGAGGAGGUGCUAGAGCCGGCGCAAAGUUUUCUUACAAAGGUAAUUCAGACAUACGAGAUGAUCAUCGUACGGCAUGGAUUCAUGUUAGUUGGUGAGCCCCUGGCGGGCAAGAGUAAAACUCUCCAAGUUUUGGCCAAGGUGAUGUCAGCUCUUAAGAUAAAGGCCCCGUCGAAGAGCAGCUACUUUCAGCACGUAGAAAUGGGAAUUAUGAACCCCAAGUCAAUAACAAUGAAUCAACUGUACGGCUCCUUUGAUCCCAUAUCGUAUGAAUGGACGGAUGGGCUCGUUGCAAAAAUCUUUCGUGAUUUUGCCAUGACUCCAACGCCGGACCGCAAAUGGGUGAUUUUUGAUGGACCUGUUGAUGCAGUGUGGAUUGAGAACAUGAAUACUGUGCUCGAUGACAACAAGAAGCUCUGUUUGACCUCCGGUGAAGUGAUCACAAUGACGCACGAAAUGUCAAUGGUGUUUGAAGUAAUGGAUCUGGCCCAAGCCUCACCUGCCACUGUUUCACGUUGCGGAAUGAUCUACAUGGAGCCCACGACCUUGGGCUGGCGCUCAUUUGCAAAUAGCUGGCUAAAAAAAGCAGACCCAAGAUGGGCGGACGAGGAGAAUAUUGAGUAUAUGAUGGCCAUGUUGAAAUGGCUGCUAGUGCCGUGUCAAACAUUUGUGCGACGAUACUGCACUCAGUAUGUUAAGCCGGGAGAGUUCAACUGCCUGAUGACUACAUUCGACCUCAUUGAUAUGCUUCUGGAUGAGGCAAUUGAGGAAAAUCCAGAAGAAUAUCAAAAGUAUAUUCAGCAAUAUAUACAAGCCUCCAUUUUGUUCGCACUCGUUUGGGGCGUUGGGGGAGUCUUGGACACGUCUUCUCGCGAAAAGUUCGAUGCUUUUUUAAGAAACAUAUAUGAUAGCGAAACAUCAGAGCCUCCAGAAUCGCUGGGAAAAAUGGAAGUUACCCCCCCAAUAGAAGGUCUCUUGGUUGACUAUGUGUACGUGUUUAAGCAGCGCGGCACUUGGCGAUAUUGGCCAGAGCUGGCCAAGCGCAUGGAUGUGGAAGAAACCAAGUCAGGAGUGAUUGUUCCUACAGUAGACACGGCACGGUAUGUGCACCUCCUAAAAAUGCAUGUUCAUCACAAGAAGCGUAUGUUGCUGGUGGGUCCUACGGGUACCGGCAAAAGCGUUUAUAUCCAAAACUACCUCAUGAAUAAGCUUGACACCGAGGUGUACGAAACAGGAUUUAUUACCUUUACGGUAAUGAUUACAGCAAACCAGACGCAAGAUCUGCUUAUUUCGAAACUGGUGAAGUGGAAACGAGGCAUUUAUGGUCCGCCCAAAGGCAUGGAGAGCGUGUUGUUCGUUGACGACAUGAAUAUGCCGGUAAAGGAGCAAUACGGCGCACAGCCUCCCUUGGAGCUACUGCGUCAAUAUUUUGAUUAUGGCCAUGUGUACGAUUUAAGGGACAGCUCCAAGAUUUAUAUAAACAACGUUCUCAUAAUGUGUGCCUGUGGUCUGCCUGGUGGAAGUCGACAGGAUGUUUAUGCACGCUUCCUCAACCACUUCCACGUGUACUCCAUUAAUACGUUUAGCGAUGACACCAUGUUCCGUAUAUUCCUGAAUGUCGCGCUAAAUGGUUUCAGGCGUUCUGGACAUGCUCAGGACGUCUAUGUAGUUACAAAUCAGAUUAUCAGCGCUACUCAGAGCAUUUACAAAAGUGUGCAAUCCGAAAUUAGAGCCACGCCCGCCAAAUCACAUUAUAUUUUCAAUCUGCGCGACAUUUCACGCGUUGUUACCGGCUGUACGUUGGUGCGAAAGGAAUCCGUAAACGACAAAAAGAUACUAGUACGCGUGUGGUACCAUGAAGCUAUGCGCGUUUUUUACGACCGACUGGUUGAUGAAACCGAUCGCAAGUGGAUGUUCGACAAGCUUAACGAAUGUCUGAAGGCCAACUUUAAGGAUAAGGUCGAGUCGAUAUUCGAUCGGUAUUGCACACAGGUGGGUGACGAGCAGGUAUUUACCAUUGAGGCGGCCAACCGUUUGUUCUUUGGUGUCUAUUUUGACGAGGACAGUGUGCCGGACGAGCGUCGCUACGAGGAAGUGCCCAGCAUGGAGGUGUUCUUUAAGCUGUCCAUGGCCAGCCUCGAUGACUACAACUCCACGCGCCGAUCUAAAAUGGAUAUCACGUUGUUUACAUUUGCGCUACAGCAUCUUAACCGCAUCUGUCGCAUUAUCUCCAUUCAGGGCGCAAGUGCCCUGCUAAUCGGUCUUGGUGGUUCGGGAAGACAGUCCCUAACCAAGUUAGCCACCAACAUGGUGCAAACAUCAUUCUUUCAGCCGGAAAUUACCAAAAGCUAUGGGCCCAACGAAUGGCAUGAUGAUGUUAAAAUUAUCCUCAAAGAGGCUGGUGGCAAUAACAAGCACACCACAUUCCUCAUGACGGAAAACCAAAUCAAAAUGGAACUGUUUCUGCAGGACAUCGAUUGUCUGUUAAAUCAGGGAGAGGUACCUAACAUCUUUCCUAUAGACGAGAAGCAGGAAGUGUUGGAAAUGGUUCGUCUGGCCGCACAGGGCGGAAAUCGCAAUAUUGACAUUUCGCCACUGCAAGUCUUCUCAUUUUUUGUGAAUCGAUGUAAACAAAAGCUGCAUAUGGUGCUUAGCUUUUCGCCCAUUGGCGACGCGUUGCGCACACGAGUUCGGCUUUAUCCAUCGCUCGUGAACUGCUGCACCAUCGAUUGGUAUGACAGUUGGCCAGAGGAGGCCCUCAUGAUGAUAGCUAAAAUGUCGCUUGUGGACGUUAAUGUUCCCUCAGAGGAAAUCAAGAUGGCUAUUGUGGACACCUGCCAAUAUUUCCACACAACCGCAGCAAAGGUCACGAGAUCCUUCUGCCAGCUUUCGAAUCGCUACAUCUAUCAGACAAAUGCCUCCUUUAUAGAACUUAUUAGAUCAUUCCAAACGUUGAUCAAGAUGAAGCAGGAGGAGACCAUGUUAGCUAAAAUGCGUUAUAUUGGAGGCCUUGAUACACUGGCCAAUGCUGCGGCAGCAAUCUCCAUAAUGCAACGUGAUCUAGCGGCUUUGCAGCCCAAAUUGGUGGCCUUGGCAGAGGCUUCGCGUAAAAUGAUGCUGGAAAUCAACACGGAAACAUUGGCAGCGAGCGCUGCUGCUGAGCAGGUGAAGCGAGAUGAGGAGGUUGCAUCAGUGCAGGCGGAGGCUGCGCAAGUGCUCAAGAACGAAUGCGAGAAAGACUUGGCUAAGGCCAUUCCUGUGCUGGAAGAUGCCUUGGCCGCGCUUAACACUCUAAAACCAGCCGACAUUACACUUGUAAAGUCGAUGAAAAAUCCGCCUCCGGUUAUUAAACUGGUUAUGGCGGCUGUUUGUGUUAUUAAAGGGCUACCACCGGAACGUAUUCCCGAUCCGUCAACCGGCAAAAUGGUCAAUGAUUACUGGGGACCCAGUAAGCGUGUACUAGGCGACAUGAACUUCCUGCCCGCUCUCAAGGAGUUUGACAAGGAUAAUAUACCGGUGGAAAUUAUGAAACGCAUACGCAAAGAAUUUAUACCAAACAAAGAUUUCGAUCCCAAGGUAGUUGCAAAAGCGUCAAGUGCAGCCAAGGGCUUGUGCCAGUGGAUUAUUGCUAUGGAUCUAUAUGAUAAUGUGGCUAAGGUUGUGGCGCCAAAGAAGGCAAAACUGGCUGCCGCCGAAAAAGAGUAUUCCGAUACCAUGAGUUUCCUGGCAGAGAAACGAGCCUUGGCCGCAGCGCUGGAGGAAAAAGUUGCCUUGCUAAACGUUGAGCUGGAUAAGGCCAAUGCCGAAAUGAAAAAGACUGAGGAUCAUGCAGAGCUCUGCCGUAAUAAGCUGUUGCGUGCGGAGGCCUUAAUCGGCGGCUUGGGGGGUGAGAAGUCCCGCUGGAACCAGGCAGCCGAAGAUUUACAGGACCUCUAUGACCACUUACCCGGUGAUGUGUUGAUCUCUUGCGGCAUCAUAGCCUAUUUGUCUGCUGUGAAUCUGCAAUUCCGCAGUGACUGCGUGCGCGAUUGGUUCAAGAAAUGUCAGACUCUGCAAAUUCCCUGUUCAAAGACCUAUUCCAUUUCGGCAGUGCUUGGGCUUGAGGUCACUAUACAGAACUGGCAACUGGAUGGGUUACCUAACGAUGAAUUCUCUAGUGAAAAUGCAAUUAUCUCGGCAAAUUCUAGCCGAUAUAGCUUGUUCAUAGAUCCCCAAGGACAAGCGAAUAACUGGCUGAAGAACAUGGAGCGCAAGAACCGCCUUAACUGUGUCAAGUUUAAUCAGGGCAACUAUAUGAAGGUCAUUGCGGAGGCCAUGGAGUACGGCACACCAAUCAUUAUUGAAAACGUACAGGAGGAACUUGAAGUGCCACUUGAUCCUAUACUGAUGCACCAGACAUUCAUUCAGGGUGGCGUAAAACACAUCAGCUUGGGUGAGAAUGUUGUGCCGGUCUCAGCAAACUUCCGGUUGUACAUGACGUGCAAUCUUCGAAAUCCGCACUUUCUACCUGAAACCUUCAAUAAGGUGACAGUUAUUAAUUUUGCACUAACACAAAACGCGCUCGAGGACCAAUUGCUUAGCAUUGUCGUAGCCAAAGAACGACCUGAUCUUCAGGAAUUGCGUAUAACGCUCACCACAGAAGCAGCGGCGAACAAAGGAGCUUUGCGCGAUGCAGAGAACAUGAUAUUGAAAACAUUGAGUUCGAGCGAAGGUGAUAUAUUGGAAAAUGAGGCGGCUAUACAGAUACUUGCCGAAUCUAAAACGCUCUCAAAAGACAUAGUGGAAAAGCAGGAGACGGCCAAGGAGACAUCUGCCAAGAUCGAGGCUUUUCGAUUAAACUAUAAGCCGGUAGCUGUGCACUCGUCUAUUCUAUAUUAUUCAAUCACUGAUCUGCCAAAUAUUGAUCCCAUGUACCAGUUCUCACUGAACUGGUAUAUAAACCUCUAUAUGUACUCCAUUGAGACAGCAAACAAAUCGAAAGAUCUGCCACGUCGCAUCAAAUUUCUCGUCGAUGGCUUUACGAAGAAUCUGUAUAGCAAUGUCUGCCGAUCUAUUUUUGAGAAGGACAAGCUACUCUUCUCCUUCAUUUUGACAGCACGAAUUCUGCUGGGCACUGGCCAGAUCGAAAUGCGUCACCUUGGUCACUUAGUCACCAAUGCGAAGGAGUCAACCAAUGUACCUCCGAAUCCCGAUCCAAGCUGGAUAACAGAGACGGUCUGGUUGAAUGUACUUCGUUUGGAGGAGUUAAGGGAGCUGCGUGGCAUUGUCGACGCCUUCAGAAAGGAUCUACCAGCUUGGCAGGCCAUUUAUGACCAUUCGUCGCCUGAGCUGCAACCUUUGCCAGCCCCAUGGCAUGAUAAGACCACUGCUUUUGAAAAGAUCAUAGUGUUAAAAGCCAUGCGACCAGACUCGGUUUUCCUGGCUGUGCGCAACUUUAUAGCGGCUACUAUAGGCGACCAAUAUGUGACACCUCCCGAAUUCGAUAUCUCAAAGUCUUACGCCGAUUCCACUGCGCUCACGCCUUUGAUUUUUAUUUUAUCACCCGGCGCUGAUCCUUUGGGCUCAUUGCUGGCAUUCGCGGAAAAAAUGGGACAGGAGGAGACAUUCCAGAGCAUAUCUUUGGGCCAGGGUCAGGGCCCAAUUGCGGCUGGAUUAAUUAAGAACGCGCAGGAAAUGGGAUAUUGGGUAUGCCUGCAGAACUGCCAUUUGGCUGCCUCGUGGAUGCCAACCUUGGAGUAUCUAUGGGAGAACAUGGAUACGUUUAAUACGACACCAAACUUUCGAAUGUGGUUGACUGCAUAUCCUACGCCUCAAUUUCCUGUAACUAUACUCCAAAAUGGUGUAAAAAUGACAAAUGAGCCCCCAACGGGACUCAGAGAGAACCUCUCGCGCUCAUACAACUCGGAACCGAUUAACGAAUAUGAAUUCUAUACCGGCUGUGCCAAACAGGAUCGCGCAUUCACGCGCCUAUUGUUUGGCAUUUGUUUCUUCCAUGCUGUUGUGCAAGAACGUCGAAAAUAUGGACCUCUGGGGUGGAACAUUGCUUACGGUUUUAAUGAGUCCGAUUUGCAAAUUUCCGUUCUACAGCUGCAUAUGCUGCUAAAUCAAUAUGAGCAUGUGCCAUAUGAGGCAAUCUCCUAUUUGACGGCCGAGUGCAAUUACGGAGGUAGAGUUACAGACAAUUGGGAUCGACGGGCUAUAGUCACAAUACUCGCGGACUAUGUUAAUCCCCAGGUGGUUGCCGAUAAUCGCUAUCGUUUUGCCACAGACGACCGCUAUAUACUGCCGCGCAAGACGGAGCAUCGGGAGAUCCUGCGGUAUUUAGAAGAAAACAUACCAUCUCUGGCCCCGCCGGAAGUUUACGGGUUGCACGCCAAUUCUGGCAUAACACGUGAUCUGCAAACAACCAAGACACUGCUAGACUCCAUGAUAUUAUUGCUGGGUAGCGAAGCCGCGGGCACCGCAGGAGCUGGAAUUAGUCCUGAGCAACAAGUACUGGAAACAAUUAAACAAAUUGAAAAUGAUAUGCCGCCUGAUAUGGACAUUGAGGCAGCAGCCGAGAAAUAUCCUGUCGACUACAAUGAGUCCAUGAAUACGGUAGUUGUUCAAGAAAUGGAAAGGUUUCUUAAGCUUCAAAAGGAAAUUCGAUCUUCUUGUCGCGACUUAGCUAUGGCCAUAAAGGGCAUUAUUGUAAUGACACCAGAACUGGAAAAUGUGAUGACGGCUAUGAAGUUCAACCGCAUUCCAAUUAAGUGGAUGUCCAAGUCAUACCCGUGCCUUAAGCCGCUGGGCUCUUACGUUCAGGAUUUGUACAAGCGACUGAACUGGCUACAUAAUUGGCAUCACCAUGGAAAACCACCCACGUUCUGGCUAUCGGGUUUCUUCUUCACCCAGGCUUUUCUCACCGGCGCCAUGCAGAAUUUUGCGCGUAAAUAUAGGAUACCCAUCGAUACGCUGACCUUUGACUAUGAGGUGCUAAAGGUAGACCACAAGUCGACACCACCUGACGAUGGUGUGUACUGCAACGGUCUCUUUUUGGAAGGUGCGCGUUGGGAGUGGCACGACAAUAUGUUAGUAGAACAGUUUCCCAAGGUUCUUAUCUACGCGAUGCCCGUCAUAUACUUUAAGCCCGUUCUCAUUCUGGAUCUGCUGGAAGGAACACGGUAUCGCUGCCCGCUCUACAAAACAGCUGAGCGCAAGGGAACACUCUCGACGACGGGUCAUUCGACAAACUAUGUGGUGCCACUGCUUUUAAAUACACACGCGAAAGCAACGCAUUGGGUGAAGCGUAGUGUUGCGCUUAUCUGCCAAACCAACGACUGAUGCGGUACACACUUUUUAUUUAUUCGUAAUAUAAUAAGUGUGUUCACGUGUGUUUGUGUUUAGGAAACAUUCUAAAUAGCAUUUGUGUUUACAUAAAUCGUGAAA